CAGACUCCAAAGCCAGCACUUACCUUUACCUUCCACCACCAACCUGCCCCUAGUACCAGUCUCAUCUUCUCCAGCCAGCACAGCAUCUUCUUCAUUAACUCCUCGCUAUGUCAGGAAACCAGGGUGAGGACCAUCUGUGCAGCUAUGAGGAAGCCAUGAGCCAGGGAGCCUUCUUCUAUGAAGGAAUGUCUCAACCCUCUGCUACCAGUGGACCCCAAAAGAGGACCAGGCUGAACAGACUCAGGAUCCAGCCCCUCUCCUUUGAGGAGAUCAGAGAGGUGGAGGAGGAAGGGGUUUCUCCCAGUGAAGAGGAGAAGGCAAGAAAAAACUAUCUCAGGUCUCUGGAGUCACUCAGGAGAGGGUCCCACCAUCUCCACAGCCGUAGGGACAGGCUGAACAGCUACAGACUCAGCCUGGACUCCAGUGACUCAGAUACAUCCCUGUGAGGUCUUGGAAACAUCAACUCACUGCAUAUUGUGAGGUCUUGGAAGCAUGUAAGUUUUUGAGAGCUGGAGAAACAGUGCUGAACACCUAUAAUAAAGACUGUAAUAUUGUUUCAAGCCUUUUUCCUGUAUUCUUCUGGAUAAUCUGGGUGAGGAACAUGUCCACAGAUGACACAUUGACCUGUCUCAGUAUAGGACAGGAGUGUUUAAGUAUCAUCACAAUUUUUCUCCAAGAUUCCCAAGAAAUAUCUUCAUGAAUCAGAUGGCCCCAUAGAUCAAAUCCACAUAGAAACUGCAGAUUCCUUUAAAUGGUUAUUCUGUUUGUUUUAUUUUUUCAGUGGUUAUUGUCUAAUUUUUGGUUCUUUUUUAGAUUUUGUAUGUUUCUAUGAUCUGUGAUUGUAUAAAGUUUAGAUAUCUCGCUAUUUUUACACGAAGUCCUUUUUAUAUCAUUUGUAACAAGAUCAUUGUAUAUAAGACAUGAAUGUGUCCAAAUAAAUCGAUUUCU